AUGUCGAGACUUUCCGCCCCAGUCCAGGUUGGAUCAACCCCCCUGGAGCAUCGAAUUGCGCUGGCUCCCCUAACCAGACUUCGUUGCAACGACAAAUGGGCUCCUACGGAGCUCACAAAAGAAUAUUACGAGCAAAGGGCUGACGCCCCAGGCACAUUGCUCAUCACAGAAGCCACAUUUAUUUCGCGGAGCGCAGCCAGCGCAUUAAAUGUUGGUGGUAUCUGGGAAGAGAAGCAAGUAUCAGCCUGGAGGGAUGUCACGGAAGCCGUCCAUGCCAAAGGUUCCAAGAUAUUCUGCCAGCUGUCACAUGAAGGCCGUGCGGGCGAUGUAGCUGUCUUAGAGGCUGGAGGGUUCUCUCUCCUCUCUAGCAGCGCGGUGCCCAUUGAUUCAGAACAUGCUACACCAAAAGAGAUGACAGAAGAUGAUAUCUUAGAGGUCAUUGCUGAUUUCGUCAAGGCUGCCAAGAAUGCCAUCGCAGCGGGCUUCGACGGCGUCGAGAUUCAGGGGGCGAACGGGUACCUCCUGGAUCAGUUCAUCCAAUACACUUGCAACAAACGCGGCGAUAGGUGGGGUGGCACCAUUGAGAACCGCGUCAGGUUUCCUCUUGAAGUCGUCAAAGCCGUGUCCAAUGCCAUCGGCGCUGAUAAGACCGGCCUCAGGCUGAGCCCAUACAGCAACUACCUUGGGAUGGGGAUGGACUUUCCGGUGCCAACAUUCCACUACCUCCUCGAAAACCUGAAGCCCCUCGGGCUCGCUUAUCUAAGUCUUGUAGAGGCACGCAUUUCUGGGGACAAAGAAUCUUGCUGCGGCAACCAGGCGACAGUUCGCUGGAUGGUAGAGUAUUGGAACAACACCAGCCCCGUCAUCAUUGGUGGAGGCUUCACACCCGAAACAGCGCUUUUGGCAGUCGAGGAGACGUAUCAUUCAUUUGACGUCAUUAUUGCUUUUGGCAGGCGAUUUAUCUCGAAUCCAGACUUGGUAAAGAGGGUUCAGACUGGCGAGCCUCUGGUUCGAUAUGAUACGAGCUCGUUUUACCUAGUCCAGUCCCCCAAAGGAUACACCGAUUACCCAUUUAACCAAAAGAUUUUAGAUGGGAACGUUGUGAGAGUGUUCUAA